AAUUAAGAGCCUCUAUUUUAAUUACAGUAACUAUAAUCACUAUUAUUGUUUAUAGUCCUCGUCUAACUUUUAAGCCAAAUGAGUAGACUUAUGAGUCAAGCUUCUUAUAUAUAGUCUUAAGUUAGUUCCUCUCCACCUAGUUAGCAGUAUUAACCUCAUCACAUCAACUCUUCCCAUCAACUAUCCAAAAUGUCUAACAAGUCGAUCCUCGCGCCCUUUGAUGCGGCGAACCUACAGAACCGCGGCUUGUUAGGUCCUGGCAACACCACCUCCUCACAACGACUUCACAAGCGCUGUUUGAACCGCUCGAGCGAUGAAGAGCACAGUGAUAUCCCUCUCUCGGCCCCCAUCUCAUCGCAAAAUGCAUUCGCAACGAUCCCUGCUGUCCUCAUCUCCCUCGAAACUCUCAUCUACGUGGGGCUCUCUGGUCAAAAGGCCAACGAGCUAUGGAACCAGUGGACAAACUGGCAAAGGGGACCGUAUGACCCGCGCCGUGAGACCGAUCCAGAUGAUGGCGGUUUAACAGUCACCUUUCACGACUUCAUCAUCGGGUGGUCAGUUACGAAUAGGGCUGAUGCGGUGGGGGACGACGACGACCACGAAUGGCGCAAAUGCCUAGAUGCAUGUGGUAUUGAUGCUGCGACCCAAGACGCUAUCAUGGAUCCAAACUUCACCUAUCUCCGGCGCACAAACUCCUGCUUAUACUGGGCUAAGGACACCAUUGAAAUGCGAUAUGCGGGUCUCGAAGAAAUCCAGCGCACAUCACUCACGCGAGAGGCAGAACUAAAACAGGCGGCCCCCCCCAUUCCUAGCGGAUCUGAAGAUGCACAAGGCAGCGGGUACCAAGGCAACGUUGGUCUUACCUCGACAUCAUCGACAAGCCAAGGACAGCGCUCCAUCUCUGGCCUUCAGCAAAAAGGCGCAGCCGGGAUUGAGGCCGACGUCUGUGGCUCCUCUCGCGCCAUCGCAGCACUCAAUGCGCCUGGGUACACCACGCUGUACAAAGGUCUUGACCAAGCCCGCAUCACAGGGCUCUUCGACGACAGCGGCGCUGUAGCUGAAAUUGAGAUCCUCUUGAGCUCAGCACCAUCAGACUUCUGCGGCAUUAGCUCCCGUUUCUACUUCGCGCUCGACCACACGGUUGCGAGAUACUACGCUGCAUAUGUCAAGAAACGUGCCGUCUGCGAGUCCGUCGUCAUCGUGUGCCUCCAGAUCCCGAAUGCCGCGAUCGAAAGCCUCCCACCAAAUAAAAUUCAGAGGAUGUUAUGGCCUAGCAGCGAGUGGAAAGAACUCGUCUGGUUCUCUCGCAAAGGGAAAACCCCUCCGCCCCAUCUCGAUAAGUACCAUGAACGUGGUAGGAAGUGGACAUUUUGCGUGGUCUCCCUCUGAGAAAGACUGGGCGUAUUAGAUAGACGGACCAAGUUCAUGGAAUCAAAUCAAAUUAUUUCAUGC